ACGGAGGCAAUGAGCUACCAGCUCGGCUUAGCAGCGGGACACUGGCAACAGGCACUCCCUGCUCAGGUCCAGCACUGCGCUGUAUCACCGCUAUGGUCUCCACGCUCGCGGCCUGGUGCUCCAUCGCUCUAGCUCUGCUCGUGGUCCUGCAUGAAGGGAAGGGCCAGGCUACCGCCACCCUGAAGCAGCCGGGGCUCUCAUCCAGGGCCCGGGGCACCCACCUGAGGUUCCGCCGUUGCUCCUGCAGCUCCUGGCUUGACAAGGAAUGUGUCUACUUCUGCCACCUGGACAUCAUCUGGGUAAACACUCCUGGACAGACAGCUCCUUACGGCCUGGGAAACCCGCCAAGACGCCGGCGCCGCUCCCUGCCAAAGCGCUGCGAGUGCUCCAGCUCCAGGGAUCCUGUCUGUGCCACCUUUUGCCAUCGAAGACCCAGGGCUGAAGCUGUGACAGUCCCGAGCAACCAGCCCCCCGCAGCUGUGUUACAGACUGGCAAGACGCAGACCACAGAUGGUGUGCUCCUCCAGAGGCUGAGGGACAUUUCUACCGCCAAGAUCCACUUUGCUAGGCGACAGCAGGAGGCAACAAGAGAGUCCAGGCCUGCACACUCCAGGAGGAGGAAAAGAUAGCUCCAUGAGUUGCAGGAGUACUGAGAAAGAAGCCCACCUGCCUUGCGAUGGGAGGAGACGGGCAGCUCAUGGGAGACCAUCUGCCUGUCUCCUGGCCUAGCCACCCAGAUCCAUUUGCUGGGAUUGGCACAAGCUCUGGCCUCCAAUCCCUGUGGAGGGAGCCUUGCUCAGAGCAGCUCCAUGCCAUCUCACUGCCCAGGAGAGCUUUCAGUUCCCGAGUGGCGGGGCAGACCCUGGUGCUGGCUACUGGCCACAGCCCUGCCAGAAGGAACUGCGUGGAGCAAUGGUGAACUUGGAGGCCCUGUCCUGAGGAUUGUCUGGUCUGCUGAGCUACAAUACAAGAGCCACCACAUAGCAGGGCAUGCUCAUUUCUAAGCCAGUCCUGGAGGCUGGCCAGCCCCAGGUGUCCUGGCUGGUUCCCAUCUGCCCUCUCUAACUGCCCCUUCCCUUCCUUGCGCCCUCCUGCCCUUGGGACCUUGUUGGUGAGAAGAGCCUGUUCUGCUUCAUACAUCUGUAUAUAACUUAUUUGUGCUAAGGCCUUUGAGAAUCUCAAUUAUUUAUUUUAAUGUAUUUUUUUAGAUCCUUGAUUAUUUACCUGAGCAUGUGUUUGUAAUAAACAGAGAAGUGGUA